GUCUUUUCCUUUGUUGGAACAGUGACAAGCAUGGCAUCUUUUAGCUCUUGUCUCUCUCUCUCUUAUUCUUCUUCAACUUCAAUGGCUGAAGCCACUGAGAUAUGUUUGGCAUGCCUUCAUAACCCCACUAUAAUAUUCUUGUGUGACUCUCUAGAUUGAGACUUUGCUAUGCCUUCUCCUUUUAUUCUUUAUCAUUUUCAUAUAUAGCUCUUCCAACCUCCACUCUUCUUCUUCUUCUUCUUCUUAUUCUUCUUCUUCUAUCAUCAUCAUCAUCAUCUCUUUUGUUUUCUGAAUACUUGUAAUAGUUUAUAUCUUUGAUAAGAUAAGUAGCAGACUAGUCUUCUCUAUAAUGGAGAGAGUUCUGAAAAAGUAUGAUAAGGAGAGCAUGAAGAUGACCAUCUUAAAGCAUGAAGAAACAUUCAGAGAACAGGUUCAUGAACUGCAUCGUUUGUAUGGUGUUCAGAAACUUUUAAUGAGUGACAUGCAGAAACAGAAGCAGAUUCAACAGAUAAGACCUCAUUGGACAACAACAACAACAACACUUGAUGAUGAGAAUGAUUUAGAGCUUACUCUGGCAAUAGGAAGAAGUAGCAGAAGUAGAAACACAGAAGAAAGAUCGUCGAGCUUUUCGUCGUCUUCAGUUGAUUCUGCAAGAGUUAAGCUCAGUGUUCAUGACAUGGGAAUGUUUCACAAUGAAAGAAGAUUGGCUUUCAUGUUGAAAGGUCAAUGAGAGGAUUGAAUUCCUGUUAAUUUCUCAUUGUAAUUUGCUCAAUCAGAAGUUUAUCUGAACAUCUUAACAUGAAAUUCAUUACGAAACAUAUAUAUGUAUAUUGUUGAUCUUACA